GCAUCUUUUUAACUGACAAACUAAAUGUUAGAACAAAUGUCUGUUUUAUAAUUGAAACGGCUUGAUUGAAAAGCUUCUGUUCAGCAUUUGCUAGCUAGCUAAGUUAGCUAGCUAAACUUAGCAACGGACCACUGUAUGGGCCAGGGAUCUCCAACCCUAUUCUUGGAGCGCUGUCCUGUAGAGUUUCGCGCCAACCUUAAUCUAGCGCACGUUAAUCUAAUAAUUAGCUGGUUUAUAAAAUGAAUCAGGUCAGUAACAACUGGAAAACCUACAGGAGGGUAGCUCUCCAUGAACCGGGUUGGAGAACCCUGGUAUGGGCAGUGUAGUGGACACACAAUAUUGGACAAAGCUACCGUCUUCUGUAAAUGUGGGAUUUAGCUGAUAGGGAAUUUAACCUACAAAGUGCCAACAUCGCCACCCUGGCGUUUCCUUGUUUUGAUGGCUGUUAUCUUCCCAAGCAAGAAAAUGAAUUUGUUCACACAGUCCUGCACGAACUGGAUGCUUACCUACAGAGAGAGAAACGGAAAAGUGCCCUACUCUUCCCCCCUCUAUCAAGCAGACUUCGCUACCUGAUUCACAAAACCACUGAGAACCACCGUAACCUCGCCACCUUCUCCGUGGGGGAGGGCUGGAGCCGCAGGGUAGUUGUCUGCUACUCGCACCUCAGGCUGGAUCUGGGGGAUGAAAGCAACACAGACAGUUUCUACAAUGAGGCUCCUAAGAGAGGUAUGUGGAUGCAGAGCAGCAGAACGGACCUCCAGCCCAGACCCAAACCCCUGGCCCAGCGGAGCGGAGGUAACGCCAAACGCCCUGACAAGGCCAUCUACGUCCCAAGGGCGGCUAGGGACAGGAGCAGUAAUCUCCACGGACCACCAGCAGGGGUGGACCUCAAUCUGCCCCUGCCCACUCUUAGCUUCACCUCCUCGGGAUGCACCUCCACCUCAGAGUCCUGCUCCUGCUACUCCUCAGACACCACGGAGGGAACGCUGUCAGAAACGCAAGCCAACACCAACCAGGACAGUGUGCCUUCUAACACCACCACCUCUAGCGCUGGGCAGGAGGAUGACUUCAUUCGCUUCUCAGCAGAGGAGCCCUGCCCCCGCCCCCCCGCCUGGGACCAGACUGUGUCCUACUUCAUGGCCCUAACCAUGGAGGACCAGACUAGGGAAGCCCAGGAGGAGGAGGAACAUGUAGCGGAGGAGGUGCGGACGGAGGAGUCAUCUGUAGGCAGUAGCAUCGUGACCUCCCACCAACACCAUGCCUCUGAUACAACACCAGCCAAGGAUGCUGCUAGCGAUGCUGCUGAUUUUAGCCAAGAGAUCAAGGCCCACUUGACAGAGACUGACGUGGCCAUCGAACACGCCCACAACGACUACUCUUGUUUCGAGAACGUGUGGAUCAACCAGGACGAAUUUGCCCACGUCAUUGAGAUCUACGACUUCCCGGCCAUGUUCAAAACAGGCGACCUGCUGGAUGCCUUUGCAGACUACAGCGACGAAGGCAUGAAGAUUAAGUGGGUGGACAACACUCACGCCCUGGGCGUAUUCUCCAGUCAAUCUGCAGCCCUCCAUGCACUUUCCAUUCAGCACCCUCUCCUGAAGACAUGCACUCUGUCUGACGGGAGCAAGAAGGCCAAAGGGAAAGCCAUAAGACGUGCCGAGUUUAUCCAGCCGGUGAAGGAGAGGCCACGGACAGACUCUGCGGUGGCCCGCAGAAUGGUAUCCAGAGCCCUGGGAGUGCAGAGAGGUGGAAUGCCCUCACAACGUUUCUGACCGCUACAGCAGGUGUGAUGGCCUUUUAACGUAGACUCAAGAGAUACACAGUAUUGGGAUGACUAAACUACCGGGCCUCACUCUGCAAUGUCUUUAGUUCACGUUGGUGCUUGUGAUCACUGCAUAGUGCAGAGUCUCAGUUUAAGAAGUCAAUACAAGAACAUCAUGGUUUGCUUGUUUCAUUAUUGUUCAUUACAGAAAACAUGCAAGCACAAAAUGCUUUUCCACAUUCAACUAUAUACAGUACAGGACAAUCACCCAUCUAGUAAAGAGCACCUUUGUCAAAUGAAGGGCAGAAUCAUUCAUUUUCACAUGUCAUUCAUAAGAGAAAACAACCCGAUUUCAGAGUCCCUGACAGUAAUAAUUUAAUAAAAUGUACUAAACUGAGCUAAGACUAAAAUGUAUAUUUAUCUUAGGAUGAAAGGUUUUAAAUAUGUUCCCAGAUGUUAUAUAUUAAGUGAUGCAAGAUAUGUUAACUUGGGCAGAAUCAGAACACAAAUUGCAUGAAUAACUCAGAUUUUUACCUAAAUCAUGCAUCCAUGUUUGUGGGAGAUUUGGACAAAAGCUUGAGUUGUGUGUACAUUUUAAGUUAAGAUUCUGCCUUAAAUGCUCAUUGCACCAGUUUUGAUCAUCAAAAACAAAGUGGCAGCUGUAUGGUUGUAAUAAUAUUGCCUUAUCCUUAGUGAAUACUGUACAGGAAGACAUGGGUUCUUCCUAUUAAUAUUUACAAUGGCUUGCUACCACAUUGUCACAGGCUGGCAUGAAACUGCACUAAAUUGACAAAUGAUUCCUCAUUUAUUUCAUAAGUAAAAAAAAAUAUAUAUAUAUUCCCAAUGGAGGCAAGACUUCUGCUACUUUCCCACCUACUGCAUAGUUGCAUAAAUUCCUUCUCAACACUUUUUGAAAAAAAGUUUAAGUGCAGCACGUGUCAAAAACAAUUAUUUUCUCCUUAUGGUGGACCAAAAAGGUUAGAUACAUAUUUAUAUGUAUGACAGAUUUGAUAGUACCAGCACUCCGCUGUACAUGUUAAGGAAAUUAGUGAGAUCAGUAAAGACCGGUGCUUUGUCAAGCUGGAUCUUUAAAACUGUUUUUUUUGUCUGAAAUGUCCUUAUAUCAAAUGUUGGUAUUGAGGUGAGAAAGGCUUUUACAUUUUCAUGCAGCACCAAUAGGGAGGGAACACAGUACAGCUCUCCCUCUAGUGGUUGAUAAUGUCACAAGUCUUGCUGGUCAUUCUCAUCAGUUUCGCGAAAUAAAAUGUUCCUCCCGAUCUUUCUAUUGAGUCCAUCCACUCUACCUGUGUCCCAGCUGGUUAUUCAAGAGGCCAGGGAAAGAGGAUUCCUUUGACUCAGAACUCACUGAGCCACCUGAAGAGGAGAGACGAAUGGGACACAUGAAGAACUGCACUCAUUCAAUCGUGGUCACAGUUGGAUAGCACCAUAUAAUUACGAUUGAAAAAAUAUAUAUAAUUCACUUGCUGAAGCCUUCUCUCUCUUUGAACUGAUUGUUUGCAUGAUCUUUUACAGGAAUGUCAGGCUACAACUUGGCUACACGACUAUAGAUGUCCUUGCUACUUAAAUAACUGGCAGACCAUUGCUGUCCUAUGAAUUGUUCCCAUUGUUUAUUGUUGAUGCCAGUGUAGCACUCAAGUGUGUGAUUAACACUAUAGGGCGGACCCAAACCAUACUAUGCUGGCUUGGAUAUUUUCUUUUCACAUUGUAUUUUCUAUCAUGGUUCCAACAACUAUAUGGUGGGUGGAUGUGUAAUAAGGCUGGCGAGGUACAGCUCGGGUUGGCUCCUUUCGGUCAUGUAGUGUGAAUCAGGCAUCAGUUUGGGAUGUCGACAAGUCUUACUGUAUUUUAACUUUGUAAUUUGUUAUAACCCAAACACUUAACAGAUAAUUUUAGCUUACCCUGGUUGCAUCCAUACGUAGAUGGAUAAAGUUGAUAAACGGGUUGUAUAAUUCCUAUUAUAAACUGGAUGGUGUGAGCCCUGAAUGCUGAUUGGCUGAAAGCCGUGGUAUAUCAGACCGUAUACCACGGGUAUACAAAACAUUUACUUUUACUGCUCUAAUUAUGUUGGUAGCAAGUUUAUAAUAGCAAUAAGGCACCUCUGGGGCUUGUGGUAUAUGGCCAAUAUACCACGGCUAACGGCUGUAUCCAGGCACUCCGCGUUGCCUCAUGCGUAUGAACAGCCCUCAGCUGUGGUGUAUUGGCCAUAUACAGAUGUAAUUACAACAUCGACGCAACUAUUCAGGAUCGCCCUGUUGCGCAAUUAAUAAAAUGGUUGAUUUGUAAUGCUAAAAACUCAAACAUUUUCUGAAACAUUCAAGCUGAAUGAUAAAAUGUUACUUGUUUAUAUUUAUGUUCAUAAGGAUUUUCCAGGGGGAUUUAAAUAAAAUAGAAUGCGAUUAUUAUAUAGAGUUCUGUUAUAUACCAUUGUUUUUUUUAAUGGUAUACAGUACCAGUCAAAAGUUUGGCCUCACCUACUCAUUCAAGGGUUUUUCUUUAUUUUUACUAUUUUCUACAUUGUAGAAUAAUAGUGAAGACAUAAAAACUAUGAAAUAACACAUAUGGAAUCAUGUAGUAACCAAAAAAGUUAAAUCAAAAUGUAUUUUAUGAGAUUCUUCAAAGUAGCCACCCUUUGCCUUGAUGAUAGCUUUGCACACACUUGGCAUUCUCUCAACCAGCAUCGCCUGGAAUGCUUUUCCAACAGUUCUUGAAGGAGUUCCCACAUAUGCUGAGCACUUGUUGGCUGCUUUUCCUUCACUCUGCAGUCUAACUCAUCCCAAACCAUCUCAAUUGGGUUGAGGUCGGGUGAUUGUGGAGGACAGGUUAUCUGAUGCAGCACUCCAUCACUGUCCUUCUUGGUCAAAUAGCCCUUACACAGCCUGGAGGGGUGUUGUGUCAUUGUCUGUUGAAAAACAAAUGAUAGUCCCACUAAGCGCAAACCAGAUGGGAUGGUGUAUCGCUGCAGAAUGCUGUGGUAGCCAUGCUGGUUAAGUGUGCCUUGAAUUAUAAAUAAAUCACUGAGUGUCACCAGCAAAGCACCAUCACACCUCCUCCAUGCAUCACGGUGGGAACCACACAUAUGAAGAUUAUCCAUUCACCUACUCUGUCUCACAAAGACAUGGCAGUUGGAACCAAAAAUCUCAAAUUUGGACUUAUCAGAUCAAAUGACAGAUUUCCAUCCGUCUAAUGUCCAUUGCUCGUGUAUCUUUGACCAAGCAAGUCUAUUCUUAUUGGGGUGGUUUCUUUGCAGCAAUUUGACCAUGAAAGCCUGAUUCACGCAGUCUCCUCUGAACAGUUGAUGUGUCUGUUACUUGAACUCUGAAGCAUUUAUUUGGGCUGCAAUCUGAGGUGCAGUUAACUCUAAAGAACUUAUCCUCUGCAGCAGAGGUAACUCUGGGUCUUCCUUUCCUGUGGCGGUCCUCAUGAGAGCCAGUUUCAUCAUAGCGCUUGAUGGUUUUUGCCACUGCACUUGAAGUUCUUGAAAUGUUCCAGAUUGACUGACCUUCAUGUCUUAAAGUAAUGAACUGUUGUUUCUCUGUGCUUAUUUGAGCUGUUCUUGCCAUAAUAUGGGCUAUCUUCUGUACACCACCCCUGCCUUGUCACAACAGAAAUGAUUGGCUUAAAUGCAUUAAGGAAAGAAAUUCAACAAAUUAACUUUUAACAAAGGCACACCUGUUAACUACCUCAUGAAGCUGCUUUAGAGAAUGCCAAGAGUGCAAAGCUAUCAUCAAGGCAAAGGGUGGCUACUUCGUAGAAUCUCAAAUAUAAAAUAUUUUGAUUUGUUUAACACAGUUUUGGUUACUACAUGAUUCCAUAUGUGUAAUUUCAUAGUUUUGAUGUCUUCACUGUUUUUCUACAUUGUAGAAAAUACUAAAAAUAAAGAAAAACCUUGAAAUGAGUAGGUGUCAACUUUUGACUGGGACUGUGUGUGUUUGUAUUUUUUUUUUUUUUUAAAUUUCUGACUAUUGUAAUGGCCAACAUUACGAUCCAGCAGAGGAAAUUGGAAAUCUGUCUCUCCAGUUUGUAAGACUAACAUUAAAGCACAUGUGUUUGGGGACCAUCUGUUGUGAAUAUGUUAGUAUUAUCAGUAAAUUGUCUCAUUAAAAUGUUUUAGAAUUUUGCAA